CUGGUGUGUCCAGCAAGGUUAUUUUUGGAUCAGUGACAGCGUGUCAAUGGCUGCAGAUGCAUCGCAAAGGAAGGCUCUGAGAUACCAACAGACCCUGCUGUACGGAGAGUACAGGGAGCAGCUGGGAAACUUUGCCCGACGGGAGGCUGCCCGUUUACUGACAGAGAGACAAUGGAGAAGACAGGCAGGGGAGAAUACCACAGCCACAGGCCGCAAAGGCCACGGCCGUCGGCAUCAUCAUCAUCACCCUCUGACCCUGGAGUCGCAUCACAGCCACGUCUCCUCCACCAAGAAACCUCGUCCCUACUCCAAAUGCCAAGAUUGUUUGGCUCGUGUGCGGCGGUACAUAUUGACGAAAAUGGGGGAGGACUGGAUUUUCCUGGUUCUUCUGGGACUGACUAUGGCUCUAGUCAGCUGGACUAUGGACUACGCUAGUGCCAAGAGUCUGCAAGCCUAUAAAUGGAUGCAUCGGGAGCUGAAGGGAAAUGUGGCACUCCAGUACCUCGCCUGGGUUACAUAUCCCAUGAUUCUUGUCAUGUUUGCCUCGCUCUUCUGUCACCUGGUUUCCCCACAGGCCAUCGGUUCUGGGAUCCCUGAGCUGAAAACCAUCCUGAGAGGUGUGGUCUUAAAAGAAUAUCUGACCCUUAAAGCCUUCAUAGCUAAAGUCAUCGGCCUAACAGCCGGCCUGGGCAGUGGGAUGCCUGUGGGCAAAGAGGGUCCCUUUGUCCACAUUGCCAGUAUCUGUGCCGCAGUGUUGAGUCGAUUCAUGUCCAUCUUCUCUGGAGUAUAUGAGAACCCUUAUGGUUACACAGAUAUACUGACUGUUGGCUGUGCCGUGGGGGUGGGAUGCUGUUUUGGCACUCCUCUAGGAGGGGUGUUGUUUAGUAUUGAGGUCACGUCUACCUACUUUGCGGUGAGGAAUUACUGGCGGGGAUACUUUGCCGCCACAUUCAGUGCCUUCAUAUUCAGGGUGCUGUCUGUUUGGAACAAGGAUGCUGUCACAAUCACGGCCCUCUUCAAAACUAACUUCCGGAUGGAUUUUCCCUUUGACCUGCAAGAGCUGCCUGCAUUUGCAAUAAUAGGGAUCUUUUGUGGCUUCUUGGGAGCGUUCUUCGUUUACCUGAACAGACAGGUGGUUCUCUUGAUGAGGAGGCCGACGGCUCUUACACGCUUUCUAACCAAACAUCGUUUGAUCUAUCCAGGUGCAGUGACACUGAUCAUAGCCACCAUCACGUUUCCUCCUGGAUUUGGACAGUUUAUGGCUGGAGAGCUGAUGCCUCGAGAGUGUAUCAACUCCCUCUUUGAUAACUACACCUGGACCAAAAUCUCAGAAUACCCUGCUCCCCCUGGCCUGGGUCGCUCCGCCGCAUGGCUGCAUCCUCGUGUCAGUGUAUUUAUCAUCCUCCUCCUCUUCUUUAUCAUGAAGUUCUGGAUGUCAGCAGUUUCAACUACUAUGCCCAUCCCCUCAGGUGCCUUUAUGCCGGUGUUCAUAUUAGGAGCUGCUUUCGGUCGCCUUGUCGGGGAGCUCAUGGCCACUCUGUUCCCAAAUGGAAUCCUGUUUGAUGGGAUAGUCUACCGCAUCCUGCCAGGAGGUUACGCUGUCAUCGGUGCAGCAGCAUUGACAGGAGCCGUCACACAUACAGUUUCCACGGCAGUAAUUUGCUUUGAGCUGACUGGUCAAAUCUCCCACAUCCUACCCAUGAUGGUAGCAGUCAUCCUAGCCAACAUGGUGGCCCAGGGUCUGCAGCCAUCUCUCUACGACUCCAUCAUCCAGGUGAAGAAGCUACCCUACCUGCCUGAGCUGGCCCUCGGGCAUAUAAGCAAGUAUAACAUCUUUGUGGAGGACAUUAUGGUGCGCAAAGUGAAAUUUCUGUCUUCUCAAUCCACCUUUCGGGAAUUAAACCAUCUGCUUGAGACCUCAACCCUGAAAACCAUCCCCAUCGUCGAUUCCAAAGAAUCCAUGAUUCUGCUGGGUUCGAUUGAGAGGACUGAGCUUCAAGCCCUCUUGGAUUGGUGGCUUUCACCUGAAAGGCGAGCCUUUGAAAGAGGUCAGAGUUCACCAGAUCAAGGCUCUAAAAUCAGCUGGGAGUCCUUUACCUUUGUUGAUGAGGAGGAAGGAGAGGAGAGCGCUGAAAAGACUACCACCCUUGUGCUGGAAGAAUGUAAUGGACCCAUUCCUUCCCCCAAACCCCAGGAACCCUCCACCAACCAUACAGACUCAGAGAAGCGCAGGCUGCCAUCUGUCAGGAGGACCCUUCAGAGACUCUUCUCCUCCACGUCUUCGUCAGGCCAGACAGAAACUCAGGAGACCACAGCCCCUCAGCUGACUGACACCAUGUCUCCAGAGGAGAUCAAAGCCUGGGAAGAGGCAGAGCUGGACAAACCAAUUGAUAUGGAGCAGAUACGCAUAGACCCCUCUCCAUUUCAGCUGGUGGAAAGAACUUCUCUGCAUAAGACCCACACUCUGUUCUCCCUGCUGGGUCUCAGUCACGCCUAUGUCACCAGCAUUGGUAAGCUGGUGGGUGUUGUGGCACUGAAAGAGUUGCAGAAAGCCAUAGAGGGCUCGACUCGGAGUGGGGUGAGGCUUCGUCCCCCUCUGGCCAGUUUCAGAGACACCAGCAGGAAAGCCAAGAAGCACCAGCCUCCCUCAUCCACCGCUUCCUCACCAACACGGGACAGAGCCCUGUGGGGGGAGGGUAGCAGAAGGGAAUUGGAACUGGUGAGGAGGGAGUCCAAAGACGAUUCCCGAGAGAAGUCUUCAAGAGGAGCUUCCGGGUGUGACUUUGCUUCCUCUUCCCCCAGCAGCACGGAGAGCAGCAGUGGCAGCUCCACCACUGCAAGAGGGGCUGAAGGCCCUGCUCAGGAGGCAGCGUCCCCCUCCACCUCCUCCUCUACCUCACCUUCCCCCCCUACCUCUCCCAUGUCAGCCACCAGCCCUGUCCUCACUCUGUCCUCCCUGCAAGAGGAGAGGGAGAGCGAAGAGUCUGAUGAGCCCAUUUAGGAGGGUUGGGUUUUGAGAAAAAAAGACUAUUAGCUUCUUUUGAUGCCACUCCUUUUCCGAAAAGACAGAGCUGCAGUUUGGGUGGAGGGGUCGAUGCAGCCUGCAGCCAUCACAGACAUUCAGCUCUCAGUGGGCAGGAGGAACCGGUGCACACAAAGAUCAUGAAACUUGUAGUACAGGAUUUUUUUUCUACUCUUAUGGUAGUUUAAAUUUUUCACUCUUUACAAUCUCAGGUGCUUUCUCAUGACAGAACUGCUGACAACCAUUUCACCGACAUCAGUCUCCCAGAUAUAUAUCGGAAAUGCUGAACGUAGCAUCAUCACUUGUAUUAAGAUCUGUUAAUGUCAUUAAAGGUAUAAUAUGCAGAAACGGUCAGUUUCUCUAAACUUGGCCUUCCCUCCCAGGCUUGAAAGGGAAAGCGGCAGAUGGUGAAUGAGGAGGGAGGGAACAGCUUUAGAGAGAAAAAAAAAUCAAUGAAUCAGAGACAUAAAGCAUAAUUUUCUGAUUGUUUCACAAUGAUUAAGCACCAGAUUUAGCACCAGAUAAGGUCACUUUCGUACUUUCCUUAGUUUAUAACUAACUACCAUCCCAGUGUGUGGCUCUUACUGCCACAGGAGGACAACAGAUGAGAGAGGGAAAGACACACUAACCAUACCAGAAAAAAGUUGGUUUGACAACAUGGGAGAUUUUUGGACUCCAUAAAAACAGGAGUUCCAGUCAAUAGUAGUUAUUGCAGUAUAGUUAUUAGGAUUUCUUUUGUUCAGGAUAUUGGUGUAAUGAAAAUCUAAUAUCAUGACUGCUUUUUUAUAUAUUUAUGAGGAGAGAAAUGGAGGCAGUGAUGUAGUCCUGCCCGCCUGCUGUUAUUAGCCGGGGGCUACACACUCAUUUCCUAAUAGUUGCAUCCCAGAAAAAAACAAAACAAAAAACAGAAUAGAUCAAAUCAGGCUCUCUGCAAACAAAUACGUCAUUAAAGGAAAGCUGAGAGAGUUAACUUAGUGUGAGGCUUUUCUAGGAAAAUCCUGCAUAUUAUACCUUUAAGUACCUUUGAGUAAUUGACAGCAAUGAAUUGUAUUAUAAUGAAAUAAUAUAUUGAUUAAGACUUAAUUAAUUUGAUUGGUCAAAGUGAUCACAUAUUUAAAGUUUACUGA